AUGUCCAUCACUAAUUUACUUGUCGAGUGCCAACACAACAGAUUCUACCCACCAGAUUAUACACUCACCAAACAACGACAAGUCUUCAGUAAUCAAUUUCAAAAGUCAUACGACGUCGACUGGAAAAAAAUCAAUGGACUUAAAAGGGAAAAAAAGGUAGACAUCCAGUUAAUGUCAGGUGACGAAAAGGUAGAGAACGGAAAGCCUCUUAAAUCGCGUUCUGAAGUUACUAUGAAAUUGGUUUUCAAUGAAAGUUACGUCAAAGAACUCUUCCCCAAUUUAGAAGAGUUGGUUGACCAACGACUCAAAGAGGCCAAACAACAACAAGAGAAACAAAAAUUACUGGAAGAAGAACUAGUUCAGAAGAACUUAAAAGAAGAAAAGGCGCGACUUGAACAGCACAAAGUUGAAGAACAAAAAGCAGCUGAAGUCGCACAAAAGGAAGAGAAAGCGAAAAAAGAAGCAUUAGAAAAGCAAAAGGAAAUCGAAGACAAAGAAAAUGAAGAGAAAAAAAUUGAGAAAGAAAAGCAAGAGAAGGCAGAUCUUAUUAUUAAAAAACGGGAACGAUUGUUAUCUAUCAUCCAAACUAAGAAACUGCGAGGUAUUAAUUACAUUCGAAUAGAAAAGCUAUUUGAAGAUCCACUUCUCCCUUAUCAAAAAAUGUUUUUCAUGUACAAGUUUACAGUCUAUUCUGUGAGUUUUGGGCAAUGGGAAAGCACACGUGUCUUUCAGAGUUUUAAAGAUGUUAAUUGCGACAAACUUGACCUCCCCCUCGACACCAUUCGACCAUUUGGAAAUUUAAUAGGAAAGAUGCAAAACCAACCAGAACUUGUGUUGUACUUUACU